GUUCGCACCACCCUCAAGGCCACCUUAUCGCCGCUCAAACACCAUCACAACAGCCUCCUCCAGCCUUGGAGACUUCGCUCGUUCAGCCGAAUGAUCUGAUACAGUCUCUCGCUUCGCAUUCUUUGCUGUUACUUACUAGACGGUAGCACCCAUGGGCAGGUCAUCUCCGCAGGGUCUGACGGCCAGUGACUUCCACCACCAAGACUUCGUCAACCCGGUCGACGUCUUUGGGGGCAGGGCAAGGCUGGCGAGAGGACUCCAUGGCUACAGGACUCCCGGAAGAAGUCAAGGGUCGUCUCGCAGUUCGUCCCAGUACCCGUACCCAAAUGAACCCCAGCAUCACAAGUUCCCUUGUUGUGGGGAGGAAGAAGAAGAACCUAGUUAUCGCCCUUCCAACGCUCUGAAUUGUUGCAUCAAGUCGGAUGGCGUGACCGGAGAUGAAGUCGAUUUUCUUCAGCAGUCGUACAAUCGUGCUUCUGGUUGUUGCGAUGACCCUCCGCCAUUUCAUAACUCCCCGAGUCCCAUGGACUGUGAGGAUUGCGUCGAUGACUGUGACGACUGUGUGGAGGAACAUCAGCAGUUAAACCACCAUCAGCGAGUUCAAAGCUAUGACGACGACUGUGAAGAGUGCAAGGAUGAACAGCUUUUCGGAAUGGGCCUAGGCCAACCGUGCAAAGACAACUGUGACGAAUGCGACUUUUCCUGCUUUGAUUGUAUCGACUGGAACGAGUUCGAGCGUGACAAGUCUCUUGGACUGUCAUUUUCGGUUCCUCUGCUCGGCGACAAUGAUUUCCCGACCGCCAGCAGCAACGCGCUCGUCGAGGAAACUCCUGCUGCUGUCGAGUCGUCUCAACCUGACGAAAACGAUCAUCUGGUCUUCCAGACUCCACCUGAACUAUCUGGCAUGUCGCCCGAUGGAGGAGUUGUCCACCCACUGGACAUGCCAAUGCACCAUCAAUGCUUCGACAACACCAUUCCCUACUGGAAUCACAUUGGACCGGCUCAACUGUGCACAGGCAUCCCAGGUCUUCAACAAACCCAACAAUAUCCCCUUCCUCCGUUCGUCCUGGAGUAUGGUUGUCAUCCGGCCACAGCUCACCAACAGCUCCCGUCACCGACAUUUCCUACGGCGACAUCGCCAAACAACACAUUGUUUAGUCCAGCUCCGACGCCGAACCACACCAGUCCGCCGGCAUCAAACUCGGUGUCCGCCGCACCCGCCAAGACCAAUAAUAACAACAGUGGCGGCCCUCUCGCCGACACAAAGGAUCUGGUAGCGGCCGUCUCUGCACCCAGCACGUCACGCGCAUGUCAAUGGCUCAUGCCUUGUGGAACGGUAUGCGGCGCCUCGUUUGCAUCUGCAACGGAUCUCAAAAAACACCUGAAAGCAGUACACCUGAUGAAAGGCGUGAUCAAAUGCCGCUGGCAAGGCUGCGACUCGGCCGAGUUCACCUCGGAAGCCGCCUUGACAGGACACAUAUCCAAGAAACAUCUUGCACCCAUGUUGGCAAAUGCCGAUAACGGUGGUGGCAGCCAUCAUCAUCACCACACCAGUAAAUCCGCCGCCGCGGCGAACGGUAUUGGUGGAGAUUCGGACACCCAACACCAUCAUCACCACCACGACCAAGGCGGUCCCUUCAAAUGCACAUACCCGGGCUGUCCCAAGUCGUUCAUGUACAAGCAAGUGCGCGACGAACACGUCGCUAGCUGCCACAACGGCAACAAAAUGUACUGCCACAUCUGCGGCCAGUACCUGAACGGCGAAGGGUCCAACUUCAAACGCCACAUGGCCACCCAUCGACCCAAACAUCAGCACAUGUUGUGCAAGUUCCACGGUUUGGGCUGCAAGAGACGCUUUCCCCGUCUCGAUAACCUUAGACGACAUGAGGCUUGCUGCAAGUUUGGCAAGAAGGCCGGUCUGGUCAAUGCGAAAGUUCCUGUUUCCGCUUCUACUACUACCGCCGCAGCAGCCAAUAGUGAUGAGCAGCACAAACAUGUCCAUCAUCAUCAUCACCAUCAUGUUCAUGCCCAUCCGCAAACUCCAGCGGCGACUGCUACUGCUUCGGCUACGGCUACUGCUGCUGGUUCUGCUGCAAAUACGCCAAGUGCUUGAUUUGGUUAUGACAUAAAACAUAAAACAUAGAACAGCCCCGACCUAUCUAAGCGACGAGCGACAAUGUCAGUCACGUUUACGAUGUCGUGCGCUGGAGAAGAAGAAAUUUGCAAAGGCCAUUGUCUCUGACGUGAAGGGCUCGGGCUCGGGCUCGGACAUGGAAAAGAAUGGAAACGCACUGGAAGAGAAAAGAACAGUCGGCGCAAGAAGUAUUGCCGGAAAGGAAAAGUUGAGGAAGGGCCUUUAACAACUUGUUUGUACGUCCAGAAACCAUCGGAAGGACAUCAUCUGCUGGUGACAAGACUGCAGUCCAAGGUUGAUCGAUUGCAAAAUUGAUGUCCAAACUUUGUGAAUAGCAUGAUAAAAUCCUAUUGUUAUUUUUAUCUUUAUUCGAAACCCAUAGAAAUUGACAAGUUAGAUUGAUAGCUGAGUCCGUUGAUGCUACUACUAAUGCGACGACUACCUAGGUAACCUCCACUCCCCUUCUUCCUUUCUGACUUAACUUCAAGCGAGAGGGGAGGGGAGGGCUUACAGGUAUAUAUAUAUAUAUAUAGUAUCUGCCGUAGAUUGCCUGAGGUAUCUAAGUAAGCAUCUUAAGAGGUCCUCGAUGGUAUGGUCUUAAAUGGGGCCGAGGGGGGUUAAUGGUGAAC